AUGGCGCGAGUCAUUACGUUUGUGACCGGCAACGCGAACAAGCUGCGCGAGGUGAAGCAGAUCCUCGAGUCGUCGUCCGCAUCGAGCUGGACGCUCGAGUCGCGCGAACUCGACGUGCCGGAAAUUCAGGGGACCACGCAGGAAGUCGCGCUCGCCAAGUGCCGCUCGGCCGCGGAGCAGCUCCAGGCACCGUGCCUCACGGAGGACACCGCGCUGAAGUUCCACGCGCUGAAUGGCCUGCCCGGCCCGUACAUCAAGGACUUUUUGGGCAACCUCGGUGUGGACGGCCUUCCCAAGCUCCUGGCCGGCUUUGAGGACAAGAGCGCGACGGCGCUGUGCACCUUUGCCUUUUCGCCGGGUACGGGCGAGGAGCCGAUUCUGUUCGAGGGCACGACCGCCGGAAAGAUUGUCGUGCCCCGCGGCGCGACGCGCUUCGGCUGGGACCCCGUGUUUGAGGUGGACGAGACGUCCAAGACCUUUGCCGAGAUGGACGGCACCGAGAAGAACAAGGUGUCGCACCGGGGGCGCGCGCUCGCAAAGCUACAGGCCUACCUUGCCGAGCACUAG